AUGAUAUUUACAAAUCUGCUCUUAUUGACCAUCUUUGGACUUGUUGCAUUUAUUGAUUGUGCUGUUCCAUACACAAGUUUUAAUGUAUCUACUGGAUGUCCACUUAAUGUUACACACGUGUGUGAAUCUUGUACGGAAGAUUCAAAUCGAUUUGGUUGCUGGUGUUCGGAUGAUGAAUAUGUAACGAAAGAUAUUUUCACACCAUGCAGAACGACUAUAGUAGAUCCAUGCCUUGGUGUAACUUGCGACAAUGGAGGACAAUGUAUCCGAGAAGGUUUAACACAACAUCGAUGUAAUUGUACCGGAAGAUUUGGUGGUCUAAAUUGUGAAAAACCAUUAGAAAGCUGCAUCCCGACCACAUGUAAAAAUAGUCAGUGUGUUGAAACUGAUUCUGAGCAAAUGCCCAUCUAUUGUCAAUGUUACGAUGGUUCGAAAAAACUUCCAUCAGAUAAUACAAGUUGUCCACAAAAUCCUUGCUUUACAGUGGACACAUCCGAACCAAGUUGUAAAAAUGGCGGUACAUGUAGUAUAAUAAGUAAUCAGUUUUUCUGUACUUGUCCUGAAAAAUGGACAGACCGAGAGUGUGGUACCGAAAUAACAGGUGAUCUAUGUUCAUCAAAACCGGGUAUCUGUGGUCAAGGUGUAUGUAAACGAAAAACUAGUCCACCAAAAUUCUCAUGCGAUUGCGGAAAUUAUCCGAGCACAUUUGCUGAGACUAUUGAUAACUUGAUCAAAUGUGAAAAUAGUCCAUGCCACGGAGUGCCGAGCAUUUGUCAAAAUAAUGGAAUUUGUAGUAACAAGAGAGACGGUACCUUUCUUUGCACAUGUUCACCUCAAUUUACGGGCAAUAAAUGUGAAAAACAAGCUGCAUGCUACGUGAAUCAGUGUCUUAAUGGUGGCACUUGUGAAUCGUUUAAUGAAACAGUCUACUAUUGUACAUGUCCACCUUACUUUACAGGAUCACGUUGUCAAACAAAAUUGACGGAUCCCUGUCUAGGUAAAGAUUGCGGUUUUGGAUCUUGUAAAGACGUCAAUGGCAUGGCAGCAUGUGAAUGUGCUGAUAAUAAAAUAAAUCUUGACGGCACUAAAUGUCCUGAUAUAUGUAGAGAAAAAGCAGUAUGUGGAGGUGGUUAUUGUAAGCCGGACUAUACACUGCCAAAGAAAUACAAAUGUUUAUGUCAAGGUGGACUCUACUCGAACAACCCAUGUCCACGUUUUAAAGAAUGUCCAAUAAACACUUGUGGAGAGGACGGUAUUUGCGUUGAAACAGACGGUUUAAUGGUACCAAAUCUAAAACCAGUAAAUUACGUAUGCUCGUGCCGAGAUGGUUACAUAGCUCUGACAGAGUCAUGCAACGCUAACCAAUCACAGCGUAAACUUGGUGAGUUUUGUAUACCUGGUACAUGUGCAAGUAUUAAUACGAAUUGCAAACGUGUCGGUGGCACAUUUCGAUGUGUUUGUCGAGAUCAAUUUAUUUCUGUGAAUAAAACUCAUUGUUUAAAAGUAAUUAAUGUUACAUCAGAUUCAUCGUGUUCUAAUUGUAUAAAUGGCAAUGGUGUGUGCCUGGAUGAAAACAAUGAUGAUAGAAUGGACGGUUGCUAUUGUCCAGCCGAUAAUGCCUUGUGUAAUUCAAAAACAACAUCAAUUAAAUCAUUUAUAAUACCUGUAACACCAGGAUUGAGAAAAAAAGCACAUAAUACCGAAUCGGCAAUAACAAUUGUGUCCGCUGGUAGUUCAUCAUUAGCCAAAGGCGAGCUUGCACUUGCUCUAUAUGAUUUAAAUCAACAACGAUUAAUAGAAAACGGUGGCUCCGUUUAUCUUGGUGAUAGAUUAUUUAUUGAACUGAAAUAUAAGUCAGACAAUAAUGUUGAACAUCAAAUUAUUGCUGAAAAUUGUUCAAUUGCUUCGGGUGUAUCAGACAAUGAUCCAAAAUUAGAAAAAAUCAAUCUUCUAAUAAAUCGAUGUCCAUCAAAAGAGCGUUUUUCUCUUCGAUUUCAACGUCUCGAUCCACACCAUAUUAAAAGUACAAUAUUUAAAGCAGUUAAAUUUGAAUCAACAUCAAUAGCUUAUCUUCGUUGUUCAGUUGCCAUUUGCUUUGGACGCACAGAAUAUUGUCAAGAACGUAUUUGUCAAAAUACUAAUACUAACAAUGAUUUUUUAGCACUACCUCGUACACAAACAAAAGUAAGAAAUUUUUCAGCAGUAAAUGAUGUUGUACAAUUGAGUGAUUCAGCAAUUGUUGAUGAUAAUAAUAAUAAUGAUGAAUCAGAAGAUAUUAAUUUGUUUCGUCGAAGACGUGGUCGUCGCAAUGAAGAUGAUUUAGAUGAAAAAAAAUUGGCAAAAUUAAUUUUAAAUUUUCCGUGGACAACAACAACGACACCUAUUCAAGAAUUUUCAGCUGAUAUAUUUAGUACUGACGCUAGUUUGAGUAAAACAGAUACAAAUAAACAUUUUGAAAUAAGAAACGUACAAAUGCAAUUUACCACAGAAUUAACAAAUCCGGCUAAUAUUGUAACGAGAAAAAAUUCAUAUGAAUCGCUCUAUGGCCCUCAAUCGGCACAAGGUGCUGAACGAAGUACAGUCAUAGCAGCUAUUUCGAUUAUAUUUAUUAUUGGUAUAUCUGUUAGUUUAUUUGUGAUUUAUCGUACAUGUUAUUUAGAAUAUAACAAUCGAAUUUAUGGUACAAAUGAUAGUAUUUAUGGUGUUGGUAGUACAAGUCAAGUUUGUCGUCGAUACGAUAUGGGAAGAAGAACAGAACAACAAUUUGAUGAAAGUUUUUUUGUUAGCAAUGUUGAACCAUUAGGAGCGUAUAGGCGGCAUUAUUAA